GAGGAGGCUAUUAGAAACGUGCGCUCAUGGCAGCUAAUGAUUAUCGCGGUUACCUGCGGAACCAUAUGGACAUGGAGCACGGGGGCUCGCGCUUCCAGCCGCCGACCCAGAGCGCCCACAGGCCGCUGAUUUUCGGCACGCUGGCCGUGAUGGGGCUGCUGCAGGUCGCGUCCAGUGUCACCAUUUUGCUGCACUUGACCGGUUAUCUCCGCGAGGUUGACCUUUCUUCAGCUCAGCCUAUAGAGGAAGUUCAUUCUGAACCCAUAAUUGCUGAUGCAUACAGAGACAUCAAGAGAAGAGACAGAUCCAGAAAAAAAGAUCAAACACCAGUAGCUCACCUUUCUGUCAAGACCCCCAUGGACUUUGCAAGCACUGACACCAACAUCGUGACCACUAUCCAUUGGAACCAAUUUCAUGGCACCCUGACCAAAGUCAAAUACCACGACGGACGAUUCGUGAUGGAGGAGCAUGGAUGGUAUUACGUGUAUGCCAAGACCUGUUUCCGAUAUGCCCCUGAUCACGCCACAAAGAAACAGGAUGUUAGCAAUGUCCAACUGAUUCAGUAUAUUUUUCAUGAGAGUCACACCCAGUCUCAACUCAAACCUGUGCUGUUGUCAAAAAGCGGAGGCACGUUUAAUUGGAGUGAUCCGAACUACAACAUGUACUGUGUGCAGCAAGGAAGAAGUGUCCGAUUGGGACCGAGUGAUGGCCUUUUCGUCAAUGUGUCCAAUUCUUGGCUGUUGGAUCCAGAGCCAGAGGGGACUUACUUUGGUGUCUUUAAAAUAAGCACCUGACUUUUUGUUUCCUUUUGCUACUGAACUGGUUUAUGCACAAUUUACAAUCUGAUGAACAAUUUCAACCUGACCAAGAACCACUGAGCACUUAUAUUUUAGAUCACUGACUUCUGACUUUUUUUAAAUAUUGAUUUAUAUUGUACAUCAUUAAGGGCACAUCAGACUUCUAACUGUUAAUUUUGUUAUAAAAGUUUUGUCAUGUUAAAAAUAGCUGCCAAAGUAAGUUAAAACAGCAUUUGUAUUUCAUUAUGGACUUCACUUGCUCUAGACACGUUUGUUUAAACCUUGUAGUAACAAACCAGAUGAAAAUCUGUUUGUGAAUGUUCAAUAUAGGAGCACACUUCUGGAUAUCUGCCACCAGAAGGUAGUUGCAAAGUCAAGGAAUGGUUGUUGGAUCCAUUAAAUGGUCAGCACUAGGUGGUCGUGCAAAGAAAUAAUGGUUUUUAGACUUUUCUGUAUGCUUAUCAUCAACUUUUCAAGAGAUAAAGUUUGUGUAACAAGCAGAUAAAAACCACACAUAGUUCUAGUUCUCUCAGAUCUCUGAUUUUAGAAAUGCUUUUUAAAACCUUAAUCUUACUAUUUGUUACUUAGCAAGCUGAAGUCCUUGAACAGAUUUGGCACUGAUUUUGAAACACCCAAUGUAAUGUUGAAAAAAUAACAAAAAAAGACUGUUGGAUGUCUGCAUCAUGCAGGCUUUGUUUAUCAAUCGGAUUUUGUGAGUUAUGCAACAUUUCUUUAAACAAAGCAAAACAAAAUCAAAGAUAGCUGGACUGUCUUUUAGUCAUUGUGAGAGCUGAAAAGAUUGACAUGAAUACAGUGAACCAAACUGUGUUUGGUACAUGCUAAUUUAAAGAGUUAUUUUUCAUUUUAUCCUUAAUGGAGGAAAUGAGAAAAUGCACUAAAUGUAUUUAUUUAUUUUUUAUGAUGAAAAGAUGGGCAUUUGUAAAAUGUUCUGUCUUAUUCUAAGGCUCUUGUACAGUGUGUAUGUCUGCCUAAGCUCCAUUCUUUCCACAGGUUUUGGAUGACACACAUUGACUGUAGGUCAGUUGUAGAUGCGCUUUUAUUGCAAAUGGGGGAAGCACAGGGCUCCUUUUAAACCUUAUUUCGAGUGGUUUCUCAUUAAAGAAACUUUUGUAUUUAUGUAUCUUAUAUUUGACAAUUCUGUGCACAAAUUCUCAUUCAAAGCAGCAUUUAUUGCUGUUCAACAUACAAUUUAAAUGUCAACUUAAAAUUUUAAAGAUUUCUCAUAUCAUCAAAUGUUUUGUUUAAUAGUAUUGUUUAUUUAUAUCAUUUUAACUAAUAAAAAUGUACAACUUUUUACA